AAGGAUGAGACCUUAUGUGAACUAUUCCUUUAACUCGUAAGGCGUGGAUUCGCAACUUCGAUCGACUUUCGUUUUCGUAUCAAGUGUCCGUGUGCACCCAUUGUGCACAAAAUCAGCGGGAAUAUCAACAUCAAUCCUUCUAAACAACAGCGAGUCGUUCUGUAUUGUUUUUCAAGCUAGUUUGUGUUUUUCUUCGAGUUGCAAAAGAGGAAACGUUUACUGUGAGCAACAUUGUUAAGAUGAAUCAGGAUACCAAGAAUGAGCAACCAAAUGGCAACGCAUCUGUUAAAUCUAAGAGAAAGAAGACUGGAUGGAGGAAUUCACAGGGAGCCAAAGAAAACCUACCAAAACCUAUGCAAACAGGUUUACCUAAAAGAAAACGGGAGCCCCUUCAACCGACAAGCAAUAUGUCUGACCAUUACCGUAAAAGGAAGCGUUCAGUGACCAAGCAGACAGAAUGUUACUCCAUGUCAAAUAGACUUCGUGGAUAUUGUUUGAUCAUCAACAACUAUACAUUUGAAAGAAGUACAUCACUUGGAAACAGGAGAGGUACACACAAAGAUAAAGAUGAUCUCACAAGAGUGUUUGAGAAAAUGCAUUUUACGGUUGAGGUGCGAAACGAUUUGAAAGCCUCAGAUAUGCAAGAUUUGAUUAAGGAGUUUGCAAGUAAAGAUCACUCUCAAAUGGAUGCUUUUGUCUGCUGCGUCCUCUCCCAUGGAGAGAAAGGCACUGUUCUGGGCAUAGAUGGUAUACAGGUUCCAAUCCGUGACCUCACACAGCCUUUUGCUGAAUGCCACACUCUAGCAAGCAAGCCCAAGCUUUUCUUUAUUCAGGCCUGUCAAGGUGAGAAGAAACUUCUAGGUGUUUGGAUGGCAGAUGGACACAAAAAUACAACAGAAGAAGGAACAUUUGAGGAGGAUGCUCAUACCGAAGCAUUCCACAGUUGCCCUAUUGGAGCUGAUUUCCUAAUUGGAAUGGCCACAGUGGAGUAUUACAAAUCUUUUCGCCACACACAAGAAGGGUCCAUCUUUAUUCAGGAGCUCUGUAGGCAGCUGGAAAUUGGUUGCCCACGGAAAGAGGACAUGCACUCUAUUUUGACAAAGGUGAACAGAAUGGUGAGCUCCCAAAUCUUUGAAGGCUGCAAGCAGAUGCCAGAGGUUCGCUACACUUUAACCAAAACACUGGUCCUUCCCAUGAAGCAAGUUCUCUGAUCUCUAAUAUUAUCUGUAUACAUGUAUCCUAAAAUACUUGUUUUAUAUGACUGAUCUUUCUUGGAACUUGUCAGUGUGAAACUGUACUGCAGAUAUUGUUUAUUUUGAAUGACAAAUUGCUAAUGUUCCUCAUUUUUAAGUAGUUUUGGACUAAAUGUAAAUGUGCCUCUCCACAUUUGGGAGAAGGAUACAGCCAGUAAAGGCCUAAGCAGCCCCUAAAAUAAUCCUUUACCUAACCUUGAGUGGAAGUGACAGCCCCCUUUGGAGUUGUGUCAACCCCCUUUUGGAGUAGCCAUGUCAGUUGGAUGAAUCUUGUAGAUAUUUGUAAGUAAACUUUUUUUUUAGAUGACAAGUGCCUUAUUAAUGAUUACUCUAUUCUGCUGUUUUUCUUUAUCCUUUGUUGGGUCCAACAUAUAGAGGCUAUAUUGUAUGUUUGAGGUUUUUCAUUUGCAUUAACUAAAUAUUGUGUUGAAAAAACAACCACCAAAUUAAGCCGAGCAAUUUGUGUGCCAUUCAUAAUUAAGUAUUCUGUGCUGUACAUUGUUCUGUCAUACAGAGUACUAAUUGUUGGUAACAUUUUACAACAAGUUUCAUUUUGUUAACAUUAGUUAACUACAUUAUUAAACAAACUAACAAUGAGCAAUACUUUAACAGUAUUUUUGUUUUUAGAGUAAUUGAAGAGUAUGCAUUGAUCAUUGAUAACCCGAGAUAAAAAGUCAUUUUAUACAUUUUUAAAGUAUAUAUUUCAGGUGAGCUUUAUUAAUGUGUAUCACAUAUGUAUUAAUAAAGUUGCAGGGAUAGGUUAUAGAGGAAUGAGGGUCUGUAUUAAUGUUUAAAAACUUUAAAUGCUUUGUACAGUACAUUAAAAGACAAAUGUGUGGACAAAUGCUUUCUUUUUAACACUUGAAUGUAAUCAUAUACAGAUUUUGCUGACACUUCAUUUAUUGUGAAAUUGAAUACAAUCAUAACUGAUUAAAACAGCAG